AUGAUAAUAAUUAGUAGUAGUAGUAGUAGUAGUAGUAGUAGUAGUAGCCAACACUUCCAGAACAUCCCCAACACUCCCAAAACAUGCCCAACACUCCCAUAUACAUCACCAACACUCCCAAAACAUCACCAACACUCCCAAAACAUCACCAACACUCCCAUAAACACCACCAACACUCCCAAAAGAUUUCCAUCACUCCUCAAACAUGCCACCACUUCCAAAACAUUGCAAAGCUCCCUAAACAUCCUCACCAUUCCCAAAAACAUCCCCACGACUCCUCAAAGCAUCCCCAGCAUCCUCCCACACCCCGAUACUUUCAAGGCAGGAUCCACAUCACUUCCUAAACCCUAAAACAUUCCCAGUAUCAGCCGUAGGCAUCAUUCCUCAUGCCCUUACGGACCAGACACCAUUUUCCACCACUAUCCAAUUCCCCAGGUAUUUCUCCCUACCGCACCUGAGGCCACAAGCUGGUAAACUUCCCUCUUUGCCUCUCGUUCGACUGGCGUUCCCCUCGCUCCUCCCCUUCACUUUUCCAUACGUACACACACUCACACAAUACAGGAAUAUCUGGUGCCCUUUGAUAUGUUGGGUUUCAUUGGAAUUUCUAUGCCUUUGUUCCUUAAAUUCCUUUCCGUAUGAGUAUUGUCUC